ACGCGGACGGGCGGGAUGGCGGUCGCGGCCCGGGGGAGCGGCCGAGCCUCGACGACGCCCGGGCUGCUCGUGCUCCUGCUGCUUCCGUCGCUGUGGGUCCCCGCUGCAGUCCUGGCCGGUCCCGAGGAGGAGCUGAGCCACCGCAACCAGGAACCGCCGGCGCCCGCGCAGCAGCUGCAGCCCCAGCCGGCAGCCGUGCAGGGCCCCGAGCCGGCCCGGGCCGAGAAAGGAAUAACCGCAGCAGCGCCGGUUCAUAGCAGUAAAGAAGACCCGGCUGUGCAGACGAAUUUGGGGUUUAUUCACGCCUUCGUUGCUGCCAUAUCCGUCAUCAUCGUAUCUGAGCUGGGCGACAAGACUUUCUUCAUAGCGGCCAUCAUGGCCAUGCGCUACAACCGCCUCACCGUGCUGGCCGGCGCCCUGCUGGCCUUGGCCCUGAUGACGUGCCUGUCAGUUUUGUUUGGUUAUGCCACAACAGUCAUUCCCAGGGUGUACACGUACUAUGUUUCAACUGCACUGUUUGCCAUUUUUGGCAUUAGAAUGCUCCGGGAAGGCUUAAAGAUGAGUCCAGAUGAAGGUCAAGAGGAACUUGAAGAAGUUCAAGCAGAAUUAAAGAAGAAAGAUGAAGAGUUCCAAAGAACCAAACUCUUAAAUGGACCAGAUGUUGAAACGGGUACAAGCACGACAAUACCUCAGAAAAAGUGGUUGCACUUUAUUUCACCCAUUUUUGUUCAGGCGCUUACGUUAACGUUCUUAGCAGAAUGGGGAGAUCGCUCUCAGCUCACCACGAUUGUUUUGGCAGCUAGGGAGGAUCCCUAUGGUGUAGCAGUGGGUGGAACAGUCGGGCACUGCUUGUGCACAGGACUGGCUGUCAUUGGAGGAAGAAUGAUAGCACAAAAAAUCUCGGUCAGAACUGUGACAAUCAUAGGAGGCAUCGUGUUUCUGGCUUUUGCAUUUUCUGCAUUAUUUAUAAGUCCUGAUUCUGGUUUUUAACAAGCUGUUCAUCUAUAUUUAGCUUAUGAUAGAUAACUCUUAUCUUUCUGUAUGUACAUAGUGUAUAUUACAACUAAAAAGUGAUGGAAAAUACUGUUAUUUUGUAGCAUAGGUUUGUAAUGUUGACCCAUUUAAUGAAAAGAAUAUUAUGUCCAAAAGAGAGAAUCAUUGAUUCUAUUUGUAAAAUGGAUUUUUAAAAAGAAACUUCUAAGUGUGGAUUUUUCUUCAGCAUAAUUAUGUUAAUACUUAGGUCCCCUUUUCUGUUUUGAUGUAUAUGAAGCCAUUGUACAAUGGGACCUGACUUAGUUUUCUUUUAGCAUGACCCCUUUAUAGGGAAUAUAAAAUUUUUCCUUGGUCACUGAGGUAUUUUAAGAUAUUUUAAGAUGGAACUUAACCAUAAACAUUUCCUUGGGGAAGGAAUGAAUUAAUUUCUACUUUUUAAAACAUUUCCCUGAGCCAGUACAGUAAGCAGUUUUGUCUUUUCAAAAUUAGGUUUGAGAGAGAAAGAUGGUGUUACUAUUACAUAAAUAACAUGCAGUAAGAAUUGUUUGCUAGGCCCAUUCUUCUCUUAAUUUUUAAAUUGGGUAGGAUACCCAAUAUAAGAGCAGUCAAUAUUUGACAACAUCGACUUAAAACAAAUUAAAAGAGAAUACUAUGAAUGUAUUCAUAUUUUUUCUAUAUUGAAUAAACAUUAUAACAUAGAAACAGUGUAAAUAAAAUGUAAAAACAAAUACUCGUUCCUUGUGUUACAGAAAUUAUUUUCUAACUUAUCAAGAGUAUUUAGUAUUGGGACUAAUAGGCCAGUUUGUAAAGUAGAUGAAAAAAAAAACUGAUAUGUAAUUAA